AGAGUUAGUCAAAUCAUAAUUUCUUGGCUGGAAUAAAAUUGGAUUAAUAUGAAUUAAUAAUACAAUAGGGAUAAUAACAUUCAGCUUGAAUUUCCUUGCGUGGCCUCUGGGGGAAAUUGCAACAAAGUCAGUUAGAGAGGCAAUUUGAAAUCAUGGAGCCACACUACACAUUCAGUCCCACAAACCAUUUUUGCUUGGGUGUGGACUAGUAAACGGUGUCCUGUAGAUGUAACUUUUGAACAUUUCCACAGGUUUAUGUUACAAUUAUAUAAUUAUGAUGCAUUUUAUUGUGAUUUUAUGUGACAGAUCAACCCAGCCCACUGUUCAGAACAGUGAAGGGGAAGAAAAUAGAAAAGUUUAAUGCAGCCAGUUGAUUAGCAACAGAGGACAAUCUAAUCUUACUAUAAACCCAGCUGUGCUGCAAAGUCCUCAGUGAUUUGUUAGAUAAUUGAAUGGACAGCAUCAUGAUGUUCUGCAUCAGACAGGAGUCAAACUGAACUUUGCUGCCAACAUGCAAUACAAUAUAGGCCAUCCAAGGACUAUUCCAAAGUAAAAAGGGAAUUGUUUCUUUUACUGAAUAUUUUAAAUAUGUUUUUCACCAGUACGAUAAACUAAAAUGUAUCUUUAGUCUAUUCAUUUUCAAGCGUUAAAGUUUCUUGGUAUUUGUUUUAACUUAAUGCUAUUACUAAUGCUUAAUGUACUAAUGCUAUUUAUACCAAGGCCUGGAAGCUUUUGCAACCUUCCAAUUUUUCCACAUUUUGUCACCUUGCAAUCCUAAACUUCAUUGUGUUUAAUUGGGAUAUGAUACACAUUUUACUCUGACACUUAAACACCCCUGAACAAAGUUUAUUUGUAGAACGAAAGCCAUGAUACAUUCAUUUUACACCUUGACACAAGCGAAGAGAAAUGACCUGGUCAGAUGAGAUGGAAAAUUUUACCUUUUAACAUAGCAUGCAAAGUCUUUGUGUGAUGGAAAACUUACUCUGCUGUCACCUUGUCAUCAGAAUCCAAAGUGAGACAUGGUGAAGGCAGCAUGAUGCUGUGGCAAUGUUUUUCUCCAGAAGGGUCACGAAAGCUGAUCAAAGUUUUGUAAAACAUCCCUUUUUUUUGGUACAAUUAUCUCCAGAGGAUUCAGAGUAGAACAGGGCUAGCCCUCUUUACCAACUUGGUGAUUUAUUUUUUAUUUUUGCUAACUUGAUUCAAAACAGAAUGACAUGUCUCAAUUUCAGGGACCAUUUAUUUCCAAUUGAUUCUAUUGACACUGGCAGGAUAAGAGUUAGAAUGGUCCAGUCAAAGCCCAGAGUUAAAUUCAAUAAAUUAAAUUAAGAAUCUUCAUUCUCUAGAUGCAUAACACUGACAGAUAUAUCUCAAAGACCUCAGCUGAAUCUAAAUUCACGCCACACUUUUCAGAUUUUAUUAUCAAAACAUACAUACGUAUUUUAAUUAAACCAGAUCAUUGUCCUUCCACUUUACUACUUUGUGUUUAUCAAUUUAAAUAUCAAGUAAAAUGCGGUGGAGUUUGUGAAAUUCCGUCUUUUUAAGACCAAUAAGACAUGAACCGGAGUCUCCCUCAUUUCUUGGCCAUUUUAAAGGCGAGUCUGCACGAUGACUCUUUCGUUGGAGGGUCUUUUGACACGGUAAACCUCCGGGAAUCCCCUGAAGCCUCUGCAUGAAGGACUAAUCUCGAAGACGCAUGAGGGUUAAUUUCAAGCCCCCACUAUACCACCACCCACAUCUCCAAUUUGAAAGCCGCCUCUCUACCGGGAGAGGAAGGCUCUUUUUCGGUCAGAUGGCGUGCUGCAGUCCGCCCCCGUCAUUCUCCAGCCCACACAGACGGCAAAAAAGGCAGCCAGCAACCAAUACGGUGCGCCGGAGGAGGAUUUCUGCCAGUGAUAUCAGCCGAGGAGCGAUACGCAAAGGGGAUUUACUACGGCAAAUCUGCGCCGUGGAGGCUCUCGGCGAGAGUUUCGCUCCCGGAGUUGCGAGCCGUGACAUUGGAGUGAAUAUAUUCCCAGUUUAGGCGGAACAGAUCUUCACAAGGAACCUGAAAAGGUUCAUGCGAUUCCCCUCAAUUGUUUGACCUUUCCAGUGCUGUGUGCUAUGUCUCUGCCACGCACCCUUGGGGAGUUGCAACUCUAUCGGGUGCUGCAGAGGGCCAACCUGCUGGCCUACUAUGAAACCUUCAUCCAGCAAGGCGGUGACGACGUGCAGCAGCUCUGUGAGGCUGCCGAGGAGGAGUUCCUGGAAAUCAUGGCCCUGGUUGGCAUGGCCACCAAGCCGCUGCAUGUGCGUAGGCUGCAGAAGGCUCUCCGCGACUGGGCGGCGAACCCUGCCCUUUUCAGUCAGCCCGUCGCUAAUGUCCCUCUUGGGGGGAUCCCGCUGUUCAAAGUCGAAGGGACGGGCUCCAGCGGGUCAGCUGGCGGGUACAGAAAGGCUCUGAGCAACGGGCAGCCUGGUUCCCCCUGCGAAAGAGAGGACCGGGCAUGUCUCACCCCGAUGUACAGCGGCAGUCCGAGAAGUCCCUGCUCCCAGGCGUCACCGCAGCCGCCGGACACACACUACAGGGAAAAACUCUCCCCCAUGGACCCACACUGGCUCAGCCCAGACCCUGAUGGGAAUGGCGCUCUUGCCUCUGCAUCUGGAGCCGAGGAGGAACCACACAGCCCACCUCUCCUGUCCGCAGGUCCUCCGGGUCCUUCCACAUCUCCAGUGCCCUCCGCAUCCUUCGCCCCAGCACCCCUAUCAGCCUGGCCAGGAGGGCAGCUGGACGAGGAGACGGCCAGGGCCGUGGUGGAGAGCGUGGAGAGACUCUAUAGGACCCUGCCCAGGUCAGACCCCGCAGAGGUAAAGACUCUGCUGAGGAUGAACAAGAAAAUAGCAAAAACCGUGGGUCACAUCUUCAGAAUGGGCUCGCAGGAUGCAAACAAGGAGGAGGAGAUCCGGAAAUACAGCCUCAUUUAUGGUCGCUUCGACUCCAAGAGGAGAGAGGGCAAGCAGCUCACACACCACGAGUUGAUCAUCAAUGAAGCUGCUGCCCAGUUCUGCAUGAGAGACAACGCUCUCCUGCUCAGACGGGUGGAGCUCUUUUCUCUGGCUCGACAGGUGGCCAGGAAAUGUGCCUACACCUCCACACUCAAACAUGCAAGGUCAAAUGCUGACGAGAGCAGCGGUUUGUCUCAGAAGAGAGCGAGACACGAGGUCAUCGUGUCUGAGUCAUCGCUCCUUGGAGUGGAGGGAUCUGAAGGAGCGACUCAGAGAGCAGAUGAAGACAGCUUGUCUGCAGAGAGCCUUGACUGCGUAUCGCUUGACUCCAGCUCCCAGUGCAACCAGUCUCCGUCUCCCCGUCCUCACACUGACGCCUCGAACCCCGCCAGCUGGAGCCGCCAUCUAAUACAGCAGACUCUAAUGGACGAAGGCCUGCGAUUGGCUCGGAUGGUGUCACAUGACCGGGCGGGGAAACUCAGCCUGGGGCCAGAGGGAACUCACUUGGCAGAGCAUGACAUCAAAGUGGAACGGGCGAUCUUGAUGACGGCGUGCCGGAGCAGUAGCCCUUGUGUCACCAAAGAGCCAACAAUCACCUCCAACCACAGAGGAAAGUGAAACCCGCAGCCCGUCAGGGGAGCUGUGCUCAGAGAGAGAGAGGACUCCAACUCAAACUGUAAAUCUAAGACUCUGCAAGGAUCUGACUAAAUAGGCCCCGUCAUUGUCUUGUAAACGAAUCCGCUGUAAAUUAAGAUCUAAAUGUUUCUGUUUUUUAUAUAUCUGUUAGAUGGAAGGAAACCCCGUCUCUGUUUUAGUGUCCUGUAGAGUUUAGCUGUGUUCUGUCAGGGAAAAUGUUUAUGUUGCUGCCAGUGCCGCUGUGCGCUGGAGGAUCCGCCUGCCACAGAUGAAACGCGCUUCACACAGCAGGGGGCACUGCAACUUUGGGAAACUGACGCUCUGAAGUUCCUCCACACUGAGCGACACUGCAGAGGAGAUGCGCGUUUAGCAAACAUCUCUUUGCUUUGCAAGUUGCAGCAUAAUGCUCCGGAGCUGUUCACUCAGGAAACGCUUUGCUUAGGUCAGAGGUCAGAACUGUAGAGGUCAAACUAACUUAGAAGGGACUGACACAUGCAGCACCUUGCAAAAAUAUUCAUACUGCUGAAAAUUUUUAUAAAUUUUGUUUUAUUUAUAUUUUAUGUGAUAGACCAACAAAAUAUACCAUAUAAUGAAGAAGUGCCUCUUAUGAGAGGUAGCAUGUAGAUGGAGCCACACACAAAGUUGAAAACUAAAAAAGAGAAAUCACCUUUUCCAUAUUCUCUUGAAACCUUAGCUGGAGCUGCUUAGUGGUUUCUUUAAAAACUCAAUUAAAUCAGUUUUUAUCAAUCUGGCAUGUUUUUAUGUGCUGGAUUUUUAUUUAGCUUUUAUUUAAAAACUAAAUAAAAACAUUUAGUUUUUAUUUUGAGAGGUGCUACAAAAAUCAAGCUUGACUUCCUAAUUACACAUUUAAAAGGAAAUACAUGAUUUCAUUUUUUACCAAAUGAAAAUCUGAGAAGUCUCUUAUGCAUUUUUAUAAACUCAACUUGCUGAAUUUCUUUUUAACAAUUCGUGCCAAAUUUUCAAACUUUCAUUAGUAAAGAAUUUUGAAAGUCAUCAGCAAUCUACGAUAAUCAAGCACUACAUGUUGUUGGUCUAUCACAUAAAAUAAAAUUAAUUUGACUUAAUUUCCCUGUGAGAUUAAUAAAGUAUUUUUGAAAUUGAAUUGAAUUUUGAAUCCAAUCAAAAUGCACUGGAGUUUGUGGCUUCAGAAUCUGAAAACAUUUAAAGUGCGAUGAAUGUUUUUGCAAGACGCUGAAUGUUGAGGCUAAAAAGUGUUUCGUUUUUAGUCGGUGUUGAAUAAAAUUUCAAAAAGCGACUUCAUUAGCUUGUCCAUCAGAUUUGACUUCUGUCAUAAUCACACUCACAACUUUCUGCUGCACAAAUAACUGAUUGGAUGUUUUUUUUAAAAUCCAUUUCAGAUUGAAAAUUUUGCCAUCCCCAAGAUUAUGAACGUAUUUAUUUUCUUAAUCCAGUUGCUAAAUCCAGAACACUGAGGCUUGGAGCGACACAGUCUGGGCGCACUCUGACUUUGCUCCGUUCAGAGUUUAUUAUCACUAAAGGUAAAACUGUACAUUUGUUGGGAGCACUGCAUUUAAACUACAUUGAAAGGUUCUUCGUUUUAAAGGCUGUUUGACACACUUGUUGAGAAAUGGGGUCUUUGACUUGUAAGUUGAUCCGUUUGUAAUGUUUUGUGUCUUUUAAAGACGGACGUGAUAUUUUGGGGGGGUGAUUUAUUAUAAUUUUUUGUUCAAUUUGUAUUUUAGGAAAACUCAGAGGUUUAGAGAGACUAAAUGAUUGUAUUCUCUCUUGAUGCAGCAGCUUAUUUUAAACUCGUCACCUCGACUGGCCUCGGCAGCAGAGUUUAGGUGUUAGCUUAUGUCGACGGCUAUAAAUAUAACAGAUUUUGUAGACUAAUUGCAGAACUACCAGUGAGGUAGCGUGUUGUGCAUCGAUUACACCUACCCGUCUCUUGAGCAUUACAAUCAUCCUCAGUGUACGUUGCAAGACAGAUAAUUUAUUUUGUUAUAUCCUAAUAAAUGUUACUUUAAUGAUUUAAGUCAGUGUUGUAGUUCUUUCUACCAAGAGUGACUUUUUUCCUCCUGCUAAUUUAACAGCUCUGAAGUGUGGACGAGGCAGCAGGAGCUGCGUCACUCAGCCAGCAACACUUCUGCUGUUGUCUUGUUUGUUGCACUGACGCUUCGAUGCUGCCGUGACUCAUCAUCGCCGCUCAUGUCAUCCGCAGACAUCGGACUGCAAAACGAUACUCAAGAGCAAACCUGGUAUUAACCAGACAAAUUCUUCUGUAGGAUUUCAAAAAGUCCAAGGCGUUAUUAAGCGUCACGGCCCUGUGGGGAUGGAAAGAUUGCUCAUCCGCACCGAAACACCUUCGCAACUUGCAAGAAAAUUCAUAUUUCUCCAUGGUGUUUGCUUUAAUAUCAUACACGCCUUCUCUUUGCAGAGCACAUACACACCUUGGAUUUGAGUUUUCACCUACAUGAACUCUCCUUUUCCACAUCUCUUAAAAUAACUUUGCUGGAUUUAACAGAAGUAACCACUAUGUUUUUGCUUUUUGUUUCAUUUUUAUGAGCUACACCCAGGCCUGAUAACAGUACAGUCUAUAAGUCACUUAAAUAGAUCCUGUCAAACAUGAAACAGGUAAAAAAAAAAAAAGCUCACAAAAAGAAAAGAAAAAUAAAAGAUGAAACGGUAAGAAAGCUUUUCUGAAGCAGCUGGUUUUCCACAAGAGAUCAUUACAAACUCUUUCUGCAUGUCACAAAAGAAACAAGAACAAAAUCCAAAAAAAUUACAGAGAUCAGGCAAAAACUGCAUCAAUGGGACCAAAGACAAAACUCCUGCUGAAUAAAAAUGACACAGAAGCUUGUUUGACAUUUACCAAAAAAAAAUAAAAAAUUUUGAUCCACAAAAAAUAUUAUAUGAACUGAGGAUACAAAAGAGAAACUUUUUCAAAAGUGUAAAGCUACAAGUGUGGCAACUUCUAGUAAAUAAAAACAGAAGAUUUAAGGAAAAGAGUAUUAUAGUGACACACAUGGAGCCGACAGCAUGAAGGUCUGGACUGUCAUUGAUGGAAUCAUGAGGUCAUGACCUUACACUCAUGAAAGAACACCUGUAGAUCCAUAUCUGAAAGGCUAAAGAAGUGGCAUAGUCAAAGUCUAAAUAUCUCUGAGAUCCUGACCUUUAACAGGUUAUUUAGGCUCAAAAGCUGCAUGAAUUAUAACAAUUCACUGAGUUCACCGAGUUCUCAUUGACAUGUCUUAGAAAUUUCACUUAUGUUUUAGUGUCUUUCAGUUCAUGUUGCCAAGUAAUUUUUGUCGAUUAAAAUCAAAUGCAACGCUGUGAAACAUGUUAUUAACAUGUAAUAAAGAUAGCUCCAAGAAAUAAGAAGUCAUCCUUCAGAUUGGUUUAUGAUUAUUAAUCUAAUUAACCUUGAUUGCAUCUAUCAAUCAUUUACAUUUCACUCUUUAACGCUUUGAUUGUCAUUUAAUUGUAAAGGUUCUGUAACGAUAAAUACCUUUUAAUCUUGAAGAUGCAACAGAAAUUGUGUUCAAGAUCUUAACGUCUGAUUAUAAAAUCAAUCUGGCAGCAGAAAAGGAGCCGUUAUCGUCAUUCAGCUGUCAGCGUUGCUAAUUAGAGUUUAAUCUUUGCAUCUAUUUUUAGUUCCUGUUCUUUCUUCAGUAACAGUGCGAAGCAGCAGAAAGCCGAUCUGAUGACAAGCAGCACAAGGACAGUUGAAGUAAGCAGAGUAUAAAUUAACAUAUAAGAUUACUUCAACAUUUCAAGGAUUGUUGAUUUAAGUGUUAAAAAUUAAGCUAGAAAUUACAUAACUACAGCAGCAGCUCCGGCGAUGCUCUCCCAUUGGCCACUUGGUUUUAAACCAGACUUGAUGGAAAAGAAAGGAUGGAAAAGAAAGGAAAAAAGAGAAAAGAAA